UUGAAAAAAAAGGUGCACAGACAACCGGAAGCCUUCUGUGCGUUCACUGCGUAGAUAGUUCCCAACAUGGCGUCGUCUCGCGUAUGGUGGGUCUAGCGUGCUGGACGGCGAUGGCAGCGGGCGACGGGCGUGCGGCUUCUACUUCGUUCGCGGUACCGGCGAAUCUUUCUUCCUUCGAGAGAGAAAUCUUGGCCAGAACAAAACAAUUGGGAUUCGUCCCAUACGAUACGCCCGACCAGCAAGCCGAUUUGGACGAAGACGUCGCCGAGUCGUCGCCCCUUCUCGUGGCUGAAGACAUCGUCCGUCUUACGAACACAAAUUGGUGCGAAUGUGGCCAAUGCGUGGUGCUGCCCGACUUCGAGCCCGGAGAAUGCCUUUGCUGCAGAGAAGUUGGCAGCAAACUUUUCGCCCUGCAGUCGACCGGCUGCAUCACUACGAACGUGGAGUUCCCCCUCGUCUGCCUCAACGUUACGAUGUUGAAACUAGCCUACUUCGAGCUGCACGAUAGGAAGCUGCCUAUGCCAAAUGAGACCCACAGGCUCUACCGGUACACUGCAUUUCGGCGGUUUGUACGCUGGGUAUGGGGCAGGCUGGGCAGAGGGAGGAGACUCGUCUUGCCUUCAUGCGUCGUCGGUGCCAUCCGGAAUGCUUUCCCCAGCGAAAGCACCACAGGAUUCCGAUAUCCACGAUUCCCAAGGUAGUCGAGGGCUCGGACAAAGCCCACCUUCUCCAUCUGCGAGCUGGAUUUCACCUCAUCACACUGACGAAGAAGUAGAUAAGUCAGUAACCUAGAGCAAAUACUGGUACCACUAUCUCUUCUACUGUUUCAUAGCAGUGCUCACAAUGUCAUCAUUUGUCUGAAAAGAAUACUGACUAAACAAAAAUAAUUUGUCAUUGCAAAAUGCUAGAUUAUAGUGUAAGGACACUACCCAAGG